AUGUCCCUCCCCCAAACACCCAAGCAAUGGACAAAACAAUCCAACAACCAAUCCUUCCUCAUCUCAACAGAUAAAACCCUCCUCUCCCUCCCCGCCAUAAACACCGCAUUCGCCUCAGACGCAAUAUACUGGGCGAACCCCCUCCCCGACGAAUCUCUCCAAGCCAUGAUCGACAACUCAUUCUGUUUCGGCCUGUACAAAACACCCGCCAGUGACAAUGAGCAAGCGCUGCAGCAAAUUGGCUUCGCCCGCCUCAUAACCGAUGGCGUCACCCUCGCAUACCUAACAGACGUCUACAUUCUGCCGGACCACCAGGGCCUUGGACUGGGAGGGUGGAUACUGGACUGUGUGGACGAGCUCGUAAAGCCGCUGCCGCAUCUUCGGUGGUUUUUGCUGCGCACGGGCGAGGAAACGAGUUUGCGGGCUUAUAGGAAGCGGUAUAGGAUGGAGGUUAUGGAUAAUGGGGACUUGGGCAAGGGGGCGCUUUUUAUGGGGAGGAAGGGGGAUGGGAAUCGGGUUUGA